AUGGCCCAGCAACAACGGAUCAGCCUCCCAGCCAAACUGAUCAAUGGAGGGAUUGCAGGGAUGGUGGGAGUCACCUGUGUGUUUCCAAUCGACCUAGCCAAGACCCGCCUGCAGAACCAGCGCAGCGGGCAGCAACUUUACAAGAGCAUGAUGGAUUGCUUAAUAAAGACAGUAAAAUCUGAAGGCUACUUUGGCAUGUACAGAGGUGCUGCCGUAAAUCUUACCCUGGUGACCCCAGAAAAGGCCAUCAAGCUAGCUGCUAAUGACUUCUUCCGCCAACAGUUGAGCAAAGAUGGCGGCAAGUUGACGGUGCUCAAAGAGAUGCUGGCAGGAUGCUGUGCAGGAAUGUGCCAGGUCACUAUCACCACACCCAUGGAGAUGCUCAAGAUCCAGCUGCAGGAUGCUGGCAGGCUAGCAGCCCAGCAGAGGGUGGUGCCCAGUGUGGCCACAACUCUGAAGAUGGGGGGGACCAGUGCGGUUAUUAGCCGUUCUUACAACACCAGGCCUGCACCUCAAGUGAUGCGCGUGUCUGCCACACAGAUUACCAGAGAGCUGCUGAGGACCAAAGGUGUCACAGGACUGUACAAGGGGCUCGGGGCCACGCUAAUGAGGGACAUCCCCUUCUCCGUUGUGUACUUCCCUCUUUUCGCACAUCUGCACCAGCUCGGCCAGCAUUCAAAAGAAGACCCGUCCGUGCCCUUCUAUUGGUCCUUCAUGUCAGGCUGUUCGGCUGGAUGCGUUGCGGCAGUGGCCGUCAGCCCUUGUGAUGUGGUUAAGACAAGGCUACAAUCCCUCAACAAAGGAGCUAAUGAGGAAACCUACAGCGGAGUGGUGGACUGUGUCAGAAAGAUCCUGACAAAGGAAGGUCCCAGAGCAUUCCUGAAGGGGGCCGGCUGCCGGGCCCUGGUUAUCGCUCCGCUCUUCGGCAUAGCCCAAGUUGUGUACUUUGUUGGAGUGGGAGAGUUCCUGCUGGGGUACACCCCCUACACAAUAUGCUCUGCAUAA